AUGGAGAAGAAAAACUUUCACGUCGUCCUGAAGUCCAGGCCAGGAGAAGACAACGAACCAUCUGAAAGCAACUUUAGCUUUGAAGAGGUCCCUUUCCCACCAGAACCUCCUAAAGAUGGUGAGGUUUUGAUCAGAAACGAGUAUCUGUCACUGGAUCCUGCGCUGCGAUGUGCCAUGAACAGGGACACCGGAGUCAGUUAUUUAAAAGCCUGGGAAAUCGGUGAAACUCUCAGUGGAUUUGGAGGUGUUGGUACCAUUGUUUCCAGCGGCGACCCCAAUUAUAUUCCUGGGGACUUGGUCACAGCCUUCUAUCAUUGGCCUUGGAAAGUCUACUUCAUUAUUUCGUCGUCCUCUGUGAGAAAGAUCCCAGUGGAAAUCUCUGCCAUCUCCCCAACUAUAUGUUUGAAUUUAACUGGACUCACUGGGUUGACAGCAUAUCUUGGUGUACGGGAAAAAGCCCAUGUGAUUAAAGGAGCCAAUCAAACAAUGGUAGUUAGUGGUGCUGCUGGAGCCACCGGUUCCGUGGCAGGACAGGUUGCUAAAGCUGAAGGAUGUGAUAAAGUGGUGGGUAUCUGUGGCUCUGACACUAAAUGCCAGAUAUUGACUGAAGAACUAGGGUUCCAUGCAGCCAUCAACUACAAGACUGAGUCCGUGACUGCAAGACUUCAACAGAUCUGCCCAGAAGGAGUGGAUAUAUACUUUGACAAUGUUGGAGGCAGCAUUAGUGAUGAAGUUAUCAGACUGAUGAAUCCAGACUCUCAUGUGGUCCUGUGUGGACAGAUUUCACUUUACAACAAGAAUGUACCCUAUCCACCACCCCUUUCAGAGGAAAUAUCUGCCAUUUUGAAGGAGAGAAAUAUUACCAGGGAGAGGUUCCUGGUAUUAAAUUACGCUGACAAAUUUGACUCGUCUGUUGAAGAGCUGCUGAAACUGAUUGUUGCUGGGAAAAUUAAGGCCAAAGAGACUGUGGAAAUGGGUCUAGCAAAUGUUGGCCGGGCGUUUGUGUCGAUGAUGACUGGAGGAAACAUUGGGAAACAGCUUGUCAAAGUCACGGAACAGUGA